UUCCCGUCAAAUGAACCCACCCUGUCCUCUCCCUCCCUCUUACCGCGUCAUCGAGGCCUUGAGGGCUCUGCACGCAAACACAGACCAGGGCGAAAACGAAAAGGGCAAAGCGCUCCUCCCACGAGGCCGCGACAGAUCGCGCGCACCGGCGUCUUAGCGGCAGCGCCAAGCAAGUGGCCGUUGCCAUCGGCGGAGACGAGACGGGGCGGGAGGAGUUUUUUCUUUGUUUGUUUGGGUUUGGUUAGGCGGAUGAGAUGCCGCUGCGCCGAAAGGUGAGGCCCGCGGGCGCGGGUGCGGCGGCGCGGCGGGCGGCGCUGCGGUGGUGGCUGCUCUCCCUCGCCGCUGCAGGCGCCACCGUCACCUCCGCCGCCGCGCUGCUCGCCGUCGCCCUCCACGUCUCCUCCGCUGCCUCCUCCGCCUUCGCCGGCGCGCCCUACCGCCUCUCCCAGCAGCCGAGGGAGGUCGAGGAGCUGCGCUGGGAGCAGGAGUUUGCGCCGCCGCAGUCGCGAAAGCUGGACGGCGCGGCCGACGACGCGGCGGACAAGAGGUUGUGGCUGCCGGCGCCGUCGCGGGGGUUCGUGCCCUGCGUCGCGCCGUCGCCGGAGUACAAAAGCCCGGGGGCCUCGAGGGGGUUCCUGCUCGUACACACCAAUGGCGGGCUCAACCAGAUGCGCGCUGGGAUCAGUGAUAUGGUAGCAGUUGCGCGCAUACUCAAUGCUUCGCUCAUCAUUCCGGAGCUUGAUAAGAAAUCAUUCUGGCAUGACAAAAGCAACUUUUCAGAUGUCUUUGACGAAGAACACUUCAUACAUUCUUUGGUUAAUGAUGUGAAAGUUGAGAAAAAGUUGCCCAAGGAUUUGAUGAAAGCUCCAAAGUCUGUUAGGUACUUCAAGAGUUGGUCUGGAGUAGAUUAUUACCAGGAUGAGAUUUCUCUACUAUGGGAUCAUCGCCAGGUCAUUCGUGCUGCCAAGUCAGAUUCUCGCCUUGCAAAUAACUACCUUCCUCCAGACAUUCAAAAGCUUCGUUGCCGGGCCUUUUUCCAGGCACUUAGAUUUGCUCCCCCAAUUGAAGCUUUGGGCAAUCUAUUGGUGGAGAGGAUGAGGUCAUUUGGGCCAUAUAUUGCUUUGCAUCUACGAUAUGAGAAGGAUAUGCUUGCUUUUAGUGGGUGCACAUAUGGCUUAUCACAGACAGAAUCAGAAGAACUUGCAAUGAUCAGAGAAAACACAACCUACUGGAAGGUGAAAGACAUUGAUUCAUCAGAACAAAGAUCCCAUGGCUACUGCCCCUUGACACCAAAGGAAGUUGGCAUGUUUCUUUCUGCCCUAGGAUAUCCAUCAAGCACCCCAAUUUACAUAGCUGCAGGGGAAAUAUAUGGAGGUGAAUCUCAUAUGGUUGAUUUACAAUCACGAUUCCCAAUUCUAAUGAACAAGGAAAAACUUGCUUCAGCUGAAGAACUGCAACCUUUCAGCCAAUAUGCUGCUCAAAUGGCAGCGUUAGACUACAUUGUUUCGGUGGAGAGUGAUGUAUUCAUUCCGUCCUAUUCGGGGAACAUGGCACGGGCUGUUGCAGGUCAUCGGCGUUUUCUUGGCCACAGGAAAACAAUCAGUCCAGACAGGAAAGCGUUAGUUCGCUUGUUUGAUAAAGUCAGCAACGGAGUACUGAAGGAAGGGGAAAUGCUAUCGCAAAGGAUAAUAGACAUCCACCGGAGAAGACAAGGCUCUCCACGGAAACGAAAAGGCCCUGUCCCGGGCACGAAAGGCAAAGAUAGGUUUCGGUCAGAAGAGGCAUUUUAUGAGAACCCUCUUCCCGACUGCUUGUGUCAACCGGGGUCCCCAGCCAGCGAUGAUUCUCUUGUUAGCAUCUAAGCUACGGAACCAAUCAUCCUCGCAGAUCCCGAGAGCCAUUCCCGUGUACAUAGAGCAAUUCAGAAACAGAGAGGAAGCCAGGAGGGUGCACGCUGAUAAAUUCCACAGCAUCAGAACUUUAGCAUCAUCGUCCACCUGUGGCUCAAGUACUGACAUGGUAGCAUGGGCAUGCUCAGAAAUCAGAGGCAGCUGGAGGGAGACAAAAAACAGCUGUACAAGGCUACGGAUGUACUGUAGUUACGUUGCUGUGCAGGUCCACAGAGGUCGUAUAGCUGCUGUUUUUAGGAUCAGGUAAUUAACCACCUGCUUGUAAGUAGAUUGUAGUAAUAAAAAGAAAUAUAGAACAACUGAAGCACCUGGCCAGUGGCGUGGCAUUCGCUUAUUUAUCGCCGGGGACCUCGGGUUGUAUCUCGGUAUCUCAUUUGACAUUUUGUCUCACGUGUAUAGACUCAGAGAAGCUCGUAUAUUAGACUCAGCAGUUGCUA